GUAUCCGACCAAAUUCCAUCAGUCACCCUCAAGUCGUCAACACCAGCUGAGGCUGACUGUAGGGAAGGGCCAGAACUGGUACAGUCAUCAUUUGGAGGAGACAACCUUCACUCAAACUGCCAGUGACGUAAAGAAGAGCCGGGAGAAGUCAUUCUUGCUGGGAAAAAAAACAACACUUGCCAUGGCGUCGAGGAGAGCUUUACACUUCGUCUACAAGAUCGGCGACAGGAAGGCCACCAUCAAGUUUUACAGAGAGAUUCUUGGUAUGAAGGUGUUGCGCCAUGAGGAAUUUGAUGAAGGUUGCAAAGCUUCAUGUAAUGGGCCUUAUGAUGGUAAAUGGAGCAAAACAAUGAUUGGGUAUGGCUCGGAAGACAACCACUUUGUAUGUGAACUUACUUACAAUUACGGAAUCUCUCAAUACGAAAUGGGGAAUGACUUUUUGGGAAUGUACAUUGAGUCUUCUGAGUGCGUGGAGAGAGCCAAAACCAAUGGGUGGCCAGUAAAAAAAGAAGGGGAGCAUAGUGUAUUAGAAGCUCCAGGGGGUUACAAGUUUUUCAUCAUUAACAAACCUCAACCAAAGGACAGAGAUCCAGUACAGCAAAUAGUAUUGGGAAGCAGUAAUUUAGAAAAGUCAAUACACUAUUGGAAAGACUUGCUAGGGCUGACUAUGUUCAAGAAAACGGACACUGCAGCAACGUUUGGAUACAGUGACAGUCAGGCCAAGCUAAUUCUGCAAGACAUUGGCAGACAGGUGGAUCAUGCAAAGUCCUUUGGCCGCAUUGCCUUUGCGGCCCCAGGUGCUGAUUUACCCGGUAUUGAGAAGACAGUGAAAGAAGCAAAUGAGACAAUUCUCACACCAUACAUUUCUCUUGACACCCCUGGCAAAGCUACUGUGCAAGUUGUCAUCUUGGCCGAUCCUGAUGGCCAUGAAAUAUGCUUUGUUGGAGAUGAAGGAUUUCGUGAGUUAUCCCAAGUGGACCCAAAAGGUGACGAGCUUCUGAAUGAGGCAAUGAAAGAAGACAAGUCAGAUGAGUGGUUUGCUAAUCAAGGUGGAAAGGCUUCAGCCUAAAUAUGAUUUUGGUUACAACUCAUUUUAAUAAUUAGUACAAUUAAGUCUUAAAAUUGUAUUAGGCCUCUGAGACCCACUCUGACUUAUCAGGACCAGUGUCUGGUUCUCUGAGGUGAGUAGAGCAGGUGGGGUUAAAGAUUGACUUAAGAACUGAAGAAAACCAUCAGAAAGUCUAGCCAAAACAAAAUGAAGCACAAUGUGAAAGAAA